CUCGUCUGUGAGCUGCAGCAUCUCUUGCUGAGCUUUUGGUUGAGCCUACGAUAGUCGUAGGUGGCCUAGAGCACUGUGUAUGUCUGGGUGACAUGACACAAGCGGCGAAAGAUGCAGCCAAGUUCCUGAAGAGCACCCUGCGUCUACCCUCUUCGACUUUCCCACCUCGACCCCGGCCUGCAGACAUCGCAAAGUAUCUUCCGAGAUGCACAGAUGACCUAUAUGCCUGGCAGCGCCACGAGAGACCCGCCGCAAAUACCUUUGUACUCCACGAUGGCCCUCCCUACGCCAACGGUGACUUGCAUGUUGGACACGCGCUCAACAAGAUCAUCAAGGACAUAAUUUGCCGGUCACGCCUUGCCGAGGGCAAGAGAAUAGACUAUGUACCUGGUUGGGACUGUCACGGCUUGCCAAUUGAGCUCAAGGCCCUGGAACACCAUGGCUGGGAGCGUGGACGAGGAGUUGACCCCGUCGCCAUUCGCAAGGCCGCGCGCAAAUUUGCCUACAAGGCGGUGGAUAAACAGAUGGCGGGGUUUCGAUCUUGGGGCGUAAUGGGCGAUUGGAAGAGCCACUGGCUGACCAUGCAGAAAGACUUUGAACUGCGGCAGUUGUCCGUCUUUCAAGCAAUGGCAGAGCACGGCUUGAUAUACCGGAAACACAAGCCUGUAUACUGGUCACCCUCUUCUGGGACUGCUCUUGCAGAAGCAGAGCUUGAGUAUCAGGACGACCAUGUAUCUAAUGCGGCUUUGGUCAAGUUGAAGCUAGACGACUCUGAUGGUAUUCAUGCACUGAUCUGGACCACUACGCCUUGGACGCUGCCGGCAAACCAAGCCAUUGCGAUCAACUCCAACCUCCAAUACUGUGUAGCGCUGUCUCGGACCCACGGACCGCUAGUUGUCGCGCAGUCACGACUGGACUACAUCGAGGAAACAAUUGGAGAACAGUUGAUCGUUGUAAUGGAGGAGUUCCCUAUGUCGGAGCUCUUGUCAACUACCUACUCGGGUCUAGCACAGUUCGGCUCUGAGGCAGCACAUAGGCCUAUCAUUCACGCAGAUUUUGUCUCUGCCGAGAGUGGUACUGGCCUCGUCCACUGUGCGCCAGGACACGGCAUGGAAGACUACGACGCCCUACAGCCUCUGAUCAAAAAGGGAAUCGUGUCAGUCAAAGCACCAGUUGACAACCUAGGUCGCUUUGACGAUACUACGGCAUCGCCAGGCGAUCCUUCCCUGCUGUCCGGCAAGUAUGUCUUCGAAGAAGGAAACCAGACCGUGCUGGAUUUACUAAAAUCGGAGGACCUUCUCGUUCAUCAGCACACCUACAAGCACAAAUAUCCUAUCGAUUGGCGAACGAAGGAGCCGGUCAUCAUCCGCGCCACGGCGCAAUGGUUCGCUGAUAUCUCGAAGAUUAGAGCUGACACACUCGGCGCUCUAGAUGCUGUACACUUCCUGCCUGACAGCGGAAAGUCCCGCCUACGGAGUUUCAUUGAGAACAGGAGCGAGUGGUGUAUAUCCCGCCAGCGUGCCUGGGGCGUGCCUAUCCCCGCGCUCUACCACGGGACAACGGGCGAGGAGGUGCUAUCAUCAGAGAGCAUCACGCAUAUAACCAGUGUCAUCAAGGAACGCGGGAUCGAUGCAUGGUGGUCUGAUGCACCUGAUGACCCAGCCUGGGUUGUUCCUGGUUUAUCAUCUGCUCCAUCAGAGUAUGUCCGUGGCACGGAUACAAUGGAUGUUUGGUUCGAUAGCGGCACAAGCUGGACGUAUAUUCUUAGUGACAAAGACAGUUCCCAGCCUCAGUCGACACCGCUGGCUGAUAUAUACGUCGAAGGGACCGACCAGCAUAGAGGCUGGUUUCAAUCUAGCUUACUUACCAAUGUGGCCUACCAGAAGUCUCUCCAUCCGAGCGCAACUUCAACUUACGCACCGUUCCGCACUCUCGCAACGCAUGGCUUCACAUUAGACGCGCAGGGAAAGAAGAUGAGCAAAUCUCUCGGCAACGUCAUCGCCCCCAGUCAGAUCAUCGCAGGCAUAGAACCAGCUACAAAACCUUCACCGUCCGCCAUGGCUCCAGCGAAGAAGAAACAGAAGCGCGACAACCACCUUCUCGGCCCCGACGCGCUGAGAAUGUGGGUCGCCGGCAGCGAAUGGACCAAGGACGUGGUGAUCAGCGAGAAAGUCGUUAGCUCUGUCCACAAUGCGCUUGACAAGUACCGGCUCACCUUCAAGAUGUUGCUGGGCAUGCUCGCGGACUUUGACCCGCAAGCGGCUGUACCGUAUAGCAAGAUGGCGCGGCUCGAUCAGAUCGCCAUGCACCAUUUACACUGUACAUGCAUGGCAGUGCGUAAGGCGUACAACGAUCUGGAGUUCCACAAGGCUGCUGGUGGUAUAUAUCGGUGGGUCGCUAUGGACUUGUCGAGUUUUUACUUCGAGGCCAUCAAGGACACAAUUUACUGUGACAAGCCGAGCAGCGAGAGGCGUCUGAGCGCGCAGACAGCGCUGCAUAAUAUCUUCUGUCAGUUGCAGGAGAUGUUGGGGCCAAUCGCCCCGUUGCUUAUCGAGGAGACUUGGGAGUAUACUCCCGAGCGCUACAAAAUUGGGCUUGAGCCUCCGUUAAAAAGGAUCUGGAAGGAGUUGCCAGAGAGCUGGUAUGAUCGGCAAUUAGAGGAGUUGCUUCCGACAAUCAUGGCUAUCAAUUCGAGUGUCAAGAGCGCGCAAGAGGCUGCGAGGACAAGCAAGCUCAUGGGGCAGUCGUUGGCAUCGGACGUUACGAUCUAUCUGCAGCGGGACGUGGAUGUCUCGAGUAUUCCAGAAGAGACGUGGGUGGAAAUUCUGGUGGUGUCGAAUGUUCACGUGCUCGGAUAUGGGGAGGAAAGGAUGAAUCUACAUGGUCUGAAUAUGCAGAGCGGUCGGGAGUGGUCACGGGCAACCGAGAUUGUGUCGGCUGCAGGGCAGAAAGUCGGAUUGGCUGUUGUUCAGAGUCCCCAAAGGGAGAAGUGCGCGAGAUGUUGGAAAUACGUGGUGGAACAUGCUGGCGCGAAGGAGCGGUCGACUUCUUCCGAUUUGGACGAGCUCGCUCUUUGCGGUCGAUGUACCGAUGCUGUUGCAGAAUUUCAAAGAUGACCAAGUGGGCAGACCAGAUAGAGAUACCCCUGUACCAAUACCAUGAC